AUAAAUAAAUAAUUAAAAAAUAAUAAAUAAAAAAAUAAAUAAUGGCCCUUGCAAAAUUCCAUAAAAAAAAAACUUUAACAAAACCCGAAGAAUUCGUAGGUUCUGCAUUAGUUGAAAUCGAAAACACCAACAAUGAUUUGAAGACUUAUUUAAAAAGUGUUAUUUUGACUGGUGUUGAAGAACACACAAUUACCAAGGCUAACAAAAAAUAAAAAACAGCUUUAUUAGUAUAUGUACAUUUCUAAUCUUAUAAAGUAGUCUAAGCAAUUGCAAGAAAAUUAAUUAUUGAACUUGAAAAAAAACUAAAACAAAACGUAUUUUUCACAGCUAAAAGAACUAUUGAAUCCAAAUGGGUUAAAGAACACAAAUCAUAAUAAAGACCCAGAAGCAGAUGUCUUACAUACGUUUAUGAUGCUCUUUUAGAUGAUUUAUUACUUCCUUCUGUUAUUAUCGGAAAGAGAGUUAGAGUUAGAUUAGAUGGAACUUAAUUUACUAGAGUUCAUUUAGAUUAAAAUGAUAGAGAUUAUUUGGAAGAAAAACUCGAUUUAGUUACUGCUAUUUACAAAAAACUCACUACUCGUGAAGUUACUUUUGAAUUCAGAGAAGAUAAAACCUUCCAUACUUAUAAAAAAUGAGGGAAUUUUUAUAAUAUAAUAAUAUAGAUUUUUAUUUAAUUUUUUAUUGGAAAUAAAAAAUAAAAAGUCAUUUAUUUUAAUUGAUUAUUUGCUUUUUUAUAUAUUCCAGUUCAUUUAUAUCUUUUUUUUUAAUAAGCUUUUAUUUAAAUUUUUA